UGCCAUACAGCUUACAUACGGGAAGGUACGAUAGCGUAUGUAAACAGUAAUGCUCAGCAGGUGCAUUGUUGCCAGCAACAUCCCAAGAAACGCCACGGCUGCUCGUCUCAGAGCCUACUUCCAGGAAAAACAAAAUGGCGGUGGUGAUGUGACUAAUAUAGUUUAUCCACUGGAGUUUGAAGACAGCGAUACCGCCGUCGUCACGUUCUCUGACGAAAAUAAGGUCGAUUCUGUUGUGAAAAUUACACAUGUUUUUCAUGGAUGUAUUCUAAGCGUACGCCCGCUUUUACUUAAAAGCAAGGUUACAUCGCUUCCAACAGAGUCAAGAGUGAGUCCAAAGAGGGCGCUAUCACCUACUACGUCGACGAAUCAAAACGGAGGACAAGGACCAAUAGUGCCCAGCAAUGUGUCAGACCCCGACAUUAAUAUAAAUGAACGUUGCUAUCCAAUGACCAGCGAGUAUAUCAAAAUUACAGCUCGAAUGAGUACAGGGGGAAGGAGAAAAGGACACGUAAACGUGGGUCAUAAAAUACACGAGGAUGAAAAUUCAUGUUCAAAGCGACCUCUAAAUACUGAUGCGUUAUCUGUACAUAAUGAACGUACACAAAUUACACCAGCUGAGCGAACAUAUACAGUCAGUAAAAUAGGACACUGGAGGCGACAGAGAACUUGGUGUAAACCGCGACAUAACCUGUCUUGUCGAGACGAGCCCCACAGGACAAAAUCAGCCACCAGAUCGCACGACUACAUUAAACGUACAGCGAGAAUGAGCACUAGUGGGAAAUUGCACAAGAAGCCAUCCAAAUUUGUUCACAUGAAAUUUGAAACGCCCCAAAAAUUUAGCUCGAUGUGA